AUGCAUCAGGCGUGCUCUGGCCUCCGGCUGACCUGCUCCUUCCUCAAGUCGCCCUUGAUGGUGCUCUUGGGUGUGUUUGCCGCUUACUCUGCGGCAAAAAAAAAUAAUAAUAACAGGAAUAUUAGGACUCUGUUGGAGAAGCUAUUCAGCCAGCAGGAGAACGGGCCUCCAGCAGAAGCAGAGAAGUUUUGCUCACGGAUCAUUGCCAUGGGUCUCCUACUUCCUUUCAGCGACUGCUUCAGGGAACCGUGUAAUCAGAAUGCCCAAUCGAGUUCAGCUCCUUUUGAUCAAGAUCAACUUCACAGCUGGGCUGCCGUGAGUCAACCCACACACUCGGCGGGUUACGCAGAAGGGCAGUUUCCCAGGAGAGUCCCGUCUGUGUGGCCAUCACCAAAACCUCCUCAUGAAGAGCACAGGUCGAAGAAGGCCGAAACAGAAUCUCAAGCUGCUGUAUUGGAACCCCCAAAUAAGUGUCCAGAUGCUGUCCAGCAGUUGGUUCUUGACACGAGGUCUGAGGGACAGGCAACUGUCAUUCAGCAGCUGGAGCAGACCAUUGAGAAUCUGAGGAGCAACAUAGCUGAGCUGGAGAAGCAGUUCCCUGCUGUAGACAUGGAGCUGGCCAGUAGCCAUCGAGGUGUUGAGAAUGGAGUGGCACCCUCAGAAGAUGUCUAUAUUGAAGCUCUCAGGUUAGGAGAAGAGGAUGUACGGCCUCAAAGGAUUUUACAGGCAAAAUCCAUACAGACAUCCCCUACAGAAGAUGGUGGGAUACUGACACUAACUUCUUUGAAUGCAUUGUCCGAGGAGCCUCCAUGCCCAGCUAGAGCUGAAAACGCAUCCAUCCUGGAGUAG